UAUGGAGUUCCUCCUCAUCCUCCUUUUGGCUGCUUCCUCCACUCUUCUUCUUGCUGCUCAUACCAUUGUCGAAACCUUACCGGGCUAUCCUGGACCUCUCCCUUUCAAACUAGAAACUGGAUACAUCGGAGUAGGAGAAGAUGAGGCGGUACAACUAUUUUACUAUUUUGUGGAGUCGGAAAGGAACCCAAAGGAGGAUCCACUCAUUAUUUGGCUUGCUGGAGGACCCGGUUGUGCCACCCUUCAUGCCUUCUUUUUUGAAAUCGGUCCAAUGCAAUUUCGAUAUGGUAAUUAUAUUAAUAACGUCCCAGCAUUACAAUUGGACCCGAAUUCUUGGACAAAGGUGGCUAAUGUCAUAUAUUUGGAUGCACCCACAUUAACCGGAUAUUCAUAUACAAAAACCUCAAAAGCUAUUCGUUCGAGUGAUACGUUAUCGGCAUCACAGACAGUUGAAUUCAUAAGGAAGUUUGUUAGGGAUCAUCCAAAGUUUUUAAACAAUCCUAUGUAUGUUACUGGAAUUUCUUAUUCUGGCAUUGUUAUUCCGAUCAUUACCGAAGAGUUAUACAAAGGUAACGAUGAAGGAUUAGAACCGACGAUAAACAUUAAAGGAUAUAUUGCAGGAAACCCGUUGACAGAUAAAACUGGUGAUAUAGACUCCAGGCUUGAAUAUGCGUAUCGUAUGGCACUUAUAUCCAAGGAAUUAUUUGAGUCAACUAGAAAUGGUUGCAAUGGAGAAUAUGCAGAAGCUGAUUCUAACAAUUUGUUAUGCAUGUCAAAUAUUCAUGAAGUCAACAAACRUGUUAAACACAUUAAUAUUCAACAAAUUUUGGAUCCUGAUUGCGAAUCAACCGAGACCAAUUUGUUUAGAAUAGUAAGUCCAAGAAGAAACAGAAAUCGGAGAUCUUUACUGACCAAUCAAAUUAAAAUGAUUCCUAUACAAUCUUCGGUCAAUUACACCUUUUGUCGGGAUGAGUAUUAUGAAUAUGCAACCCGUUGGGCUAAUGAUAAAAAUGUUAUGAAGGCACUUAAUGUUCACGAGGGAACAGUGGACAARUGGUUGCUUUGUAAUUUGGACAUGGAGUACAAUUAUGGUUUACUUUCGACAUCAUCAUAUGAGUUCAAUGUCCAAAGUAGUGUCAUCUUCCACCAAAAGCUAAGUAAUAGAAAUUGUCGAGCUUUGAUUUUCAGUGGGGAUCACGACAUGAUGGUUCCACAUAUCGGUACACGUAACUGGAUAAGUUCUCUUAAUUUGACAAUAGUAGAUAGUAAUUGGGAUGCAUGGUAUGUUAAUGGUCAAGAUGCAGGAUACAAAACCAUCUAUGCCCGUGAUAACUAUUCUUUAGCAUUUGUCACUCUUAAGGGAGCAGGACAUACAGCUCAAGAGUUUAUGCCUGAAGAAUGUUUUGAGAUGGUUAAGAGGUGGUUUGCUCAUAUACCUAUAUGAGACAUGAUAUUUAAGUACGCUUCUUGGAAUUUGGAACCAUUUUUUCAAUGAAUUUUGUACUAGGAUGUUGUUGUGAUUAGGAAUGAUUGUUUAUGGUGAUUAUAUAACUGUCAUAAUAA